UUUCUUUUCAGAUCGUGGAUGGGAACGCUAAGACAGAGCUAAGCAACCGCAAAGACCCGGGUCUGUUCUGCGGCGAGACAGAGCAGCCUCAAACAUUCAUCUCCGAGACGAGCUUCGUCAAGCUGCUCUUCCACACUGACAACUUCACAGACCAGACCUACUUCAGCUUCGACUCGAGGGCGGAGCAGCAGUACGAUGUGUACCUCCGCUACGGGCAACACCCUGAGCUUUACCCGAACAGGAGGGGGCAGGUCCUUCCCGGAACAUAUUGCGAGCGAGUGUUCAGGGACUGCAGGCUCCAGACUUGCUAUGUCCAAUCUCCGGCGUAUCCUGGGAUAUACCCGCGCCAUCUCCACUGCACCUAUAAGCUCAACACCAGGCAGCCCUUCAUCAAGCUGUACAUCGAGAACGAAGAGUUCAACAUCGACGGUCAGAGGUGUGAGAACAUCAUGACCUGCCCGAUGAGGCCGAUAUCCUCAGGGGCAGAGCAUUGCCCGUACGACUACAUAAAGAUAUACGACGGAAAGGACGUGACGUAUCCUGUGAUUGGGACCUUCUGCGGCAUGGGCAAGUUCCCGUACUCCAUCAUCGGAACCAGCGAAGACCUCUUCGUAGAGUUUGUGUCCUCCCCGGCGGGCCCUCUGCUCAACACCGGGUUCCACUUCAACGUGGGGAACUGGCCGGGGCACGUGGAGACCGCCGGGAGCAGGAACUCGACCUGCGAUUGGCUGCUGACUUACGAGGACCUAGCGGCCAGCGGGGACAGCGAGGGCAUCUUCCUCUCGGUGGCCCACUGGUACCCGCCUCACACCUCUUGCACCUACCUCAUCCAGGGCCUCAAGGACCAGAUCGUGAGGCUCUACUUCCCCAGUUUUCGAAUAAACAGAAUCGAGUCUCCAAUCGCUAUGUUCGAUGGAGACUGCGGGGAGAGCCUCACCCUUUACGACGCUUCAUGGCCGGAUGACUCCAAGAUCAUCAAGACCUUCUGCGACACUUUCUCAAGGCCGAUGGAGAAGCACGACUUCGUCAGCACUGAUAGUGCUCUCUUCGUCAGAUUUGAGAGCAAGACUGGCAGCUAUUCAGGGUCCUCCCUCUACUAUUGGGCCCAUUACGACUUCUUCAACAACACCCACUUCGGGACAGCCGUGGAAGGGACCGCCUGCGACGAAGAGUUCUCCUCUUGGAACACGGUCUCCGGGUACCUCCGGUCGCCGCUGAAUACUCUCGUCUACAAGAGGUCCAGCUCGGGCCAGUACCUAACCUGCAAGUACACCUUCGUUACGGAUCGUCGUCUGUACGCAAGGGUCAUCCUCACGAUCAACUCCAUCAACUUCAAGGAGCUGCCAUACAAUUUGGGAUCCUGUGAAGACUGCUGGGGUGGCCGCCACGACAAACUGCUGAUUUGGGAACCAGGGAACAGCUCUAGGAUACCCUCUGGUCCAGGUCCUGGGGCACACUGCCAUUGUAGAAACACCGCCAUCCAGAUCGGAGCUCCAGUCGCCAGGGUCGUCUCCUCUUCUGAAUCCCUCAGUCUAGAGCUGAGAGUUGAUUCCUCUAGGGCUGCCUCCAACUAUUUCAAGCACUCUGGAGCCCUCUUCGAAGGAAGAUAUGAGUUUGUGCACAGCCCACUCUGCGGCCCAGCAGUCAUACCAGCCAGUACUGAAGGGGAACUGCAUUUUCCACACUAUGAGGCCUUAGGGUAUACAGAGCCACCCAGGAGCAUCAGGUGCAUCUGGGAGAUCAGGGUCAACAAGGAUCGUGAUGUCUGGCUUCAUUUUGAUAAGGUUCGAUUCACGACACGAGAUUGUCAGGAUGGAAGGCUGGAGGUGUACCUACCUGGACGACCUGACCAUCCUUUCAUGUCAAUCUGUGGCCAUAAUGUUAGCUCAAAAGAAAUGCCACCUCUUACCUCAGUCGAUCUCACUGGACAAACCCCUGGGGAGUCUCCUUCUGUGAGGAUCCAAUUCAUCGGGACCAUGACUCCAGCUCGAGCAGCAUUCAAGAUAGCAUGGACAGAGCUUUUCCACCUGCCUCGCAAUCCUGAUGGGACUCUCAUGACCAGUAAACUCACUGAGGAACUAGGAGCAAGUGCUUCGCCUAAAGGAGAAUGUGACUUUUUAUGCCCGGGGGAUUCUGGACUCUGUAUACCUGGCCAUUUGGUGUGCAACGGAAUCGUUAACUGCCCUGGCUGGCACAAUGAGAGUGGAGACGAAGGUCCUGAGACAUGCGCUGCAAGAGCAGAGCCGCCACCAACUAACUGGACAAUAUUGGGUCUUGGGGCUUGUGGUGGUGCCCUAUUGGCCCUUGCUUGUCUCAUUCUGGCCUGUAGAAUCUGUUGUCCUUGUUGCUCCAAGUCUCCUGAUGAUACCGACUACUGAUACCCCACACCUCCCCUCAACUGUAAAUAAUGUACAGACUAGGGAUCUGGGGGCUUCCUUGACAAUGAUUAGUUGACUAGUUGGCAUGCUCAGCAAGUCAGAACCUGAAUGUAUCUUUAAAAAGAUGAUAUUAAGCUAAACCAUGUAAACCUCUUAUAACACUACAUUUGUACAUGAGCAUUGAGAUGUCCAUAUUUUUUUAUUGUUAAUAAGUAUUCAAAAAUGUUUUAUUGGACAGUCUUUUUAUUUAUUGGUUUCCUCAUUAUCAUGUUUUCUCACUUUAAUUUGAUCUUUUAUUCCCCAAUAAAAAUAAACUUGUGAUCACUGCCAGGGGGAAUGUAAUUAUUAAUUUAUUUAUUAAAAAACAAAUAUUUAAUUGGCAGUUUAAUUAAAAAGUUAUAAGAACCAAUUUCUUCAAAUGACUGAAAAAGCUCAGCACAAAUUUCACUGGCUGUAGCAAUUUUAUUAAAAUAUAUUUAAUAUAGCAUAUUUUGACUGAUUAAGUAUAACAUUUUAUUUGAUAUAAUUCUCAUCAUCUCCACAAAAAUCAUGAAAAUGUGUUAAUUUUAUUAACAGAUUAAAUUAAAAAAUAAUAAACCCAUUAUAUCCAAUUUAUUAAUGUUUUCUAGAUUGUGAAAAAAAAUAUAUAUAUUUUCUAAUUUUGAGGGAAAAUACAACUGUUCUUAAACAUUUUGUUUAAAAAAAACAAAACAAUGAAAAAUGCCAUAACACACUGAACUAAAUUAUAUUGCAUAGAAUUCUGCUUAAAAUCAAAUUUGAACUAAAAAUUAUAAAAUUUCUUUAUAAUAGUUAAGUAGAAAACAACAUGUAAAUAAAGAGAUCUUUAGAAGUUCUGCUGGAGCCUUUAAAAAAAAAAUUGAAUAAGUAAAAAUAUUUUUGUAAAAUAGAUAAAUAUUUAUGUUCCUUGUUUUAACAGCAAUAAUUUAUUAACCUAUAUUAACAAGAAAAAUAAUUAGUAAUGAGGUAUUUUAUUGUAUAUUGGGCAUCAACUAAAUAAAUUUCAUUUUCACAAAAUCAUACAUCAGCAAUUAUUUCAUUUUUAUUUAUUUAAUUUUUGUGAUUUUUAAUAUUCUUUAGUUAAAUAUAUUAAACUAUUUAAGUCAGCACAAUGUAUAUUAAAAUUAUAAAAAUAUACAUACAAAAAAAUAAUAAGUAGAUUUCGUAAAAAAAAUGAUCCUCUAUAUCAUGACAAAUGUUCAGAUUAAAUUUUGAAUUUAAAUUACUUAAUGCUAUUUAAUUAUUAUAAGAAUCAAUGCUAUCUACUCUAACAUAUAAAACUAUUUUACUGUAAUUAAACUUUUGCCGAGGAAACCAAUUGAAGAGAACACCUAGUAAUUGCUCAUAAUAUUUAUCAAAGAAAUGUCCAAAAACUGAUAAGCAUUUCUUUAAAGUUUUGUAGACGAACAGUAUAUGUCAAUAUGGUUUAAGUAUUUUCUAUAAUGAGGGAUGGUUAAAAGUAAAAUCACAUAAUUUUAAAUAAAAAAGUUAAGAUUUUAUAUUAUUGUAUAGUUUCUAUAAAUAAAAUUGAUAACUAUAAGAAUAUAUUAUUAAUGUGUACAUUUUGUACAUAAAGUAUCUUCAAUACUCACAUAUGAUAGUUACGAUUCUUUGCAGUUUGCACAAUUAAAGAUCUUGUAGCUUAAAUCACAUUAAAUGUUUUACUGUUUAAAAGGAAAAUAAAUAAUACAUCUUCAAUCAGAUUUUCUAUACUAUACUUACAGUAAAGUGUACAUUUUACUUACAUUAGUUACAGUAAAAUGAAAAUUUUAUUUCAUAACCUUGUUUCUUUUAUAUUAGUAUCAUAUAUCAUGGAAUGUUGAAUUUGUGAACAACUAAACAAUAUUAUAACCUUUAUUUUUUUUUCUUUCUUAUAUUCCAAAGUUGGCUUUAGGACUGAUUACCUCUUGGGUACUACCCAACAAACGUCCUCAAUAUUUACUGCAUCUGACUGUAAAAAUUAAUUACUAAUCACCAGAGUUCACAAAAUCGAUUAAGAUAUAUUAUUCUUUAGUUGUAAAUGUAUAUAUAUAUAUAUAUAUAUAUAUACAUAUAUAUAUAUAUACAUA